CGCGCUUCCUCUCGCUUGAAGGCGCAAGUUGCUGUCAAGGCCCAAGUCAUCAUCACCGAGACAAAGACCGCCACUGUGACCAACCUCAAAUCCACCACCAAGAAGCGCAAGGAAAGGGAGGCGGAAGCGGAAGCGGAAGCGGAAGCGGAAGCGGAAGCGGAAGCGGAAGCGGAAGAGGAAGAGGAAGAGGAAGAAAAGUGCGGGAGCUGUGACGAGAAGGAGACGACCGAAGAUUAUGAAUUCACGAAGCGCAAGCCCACCGCCGGCAAGGCAUCCAAGAAAGACGAUAUGCCCUUUGCAGCGAGGACCGCCGUUUCGGCGCUCAAAAGGGCCAUGUAUAUCGGCGCACACGUCAGCGGUGCCGGAGGCGUCCAAAACUCCGUUACCCAGGCCCUGGGAAUCGGCGCCAACGCCUUCGCGCUAUUCCUAAAGUCGCAGCGAAAGUGGGAGUCACCGCCCCUGGCCGACGACGCACGCACGGGGUUCCGUGCACUCGCCACAAAGCACGCCUACGACGCAUCCGCCCACGUCCUCCCGCACGGGUCCUACCUCGUCAACCUAGCCCAGGCCGACCCCGCCAAGGCCGACCAAGCCUACAACAAUUUUAUCGACGACCUCCGUCGCUGCCACCAGCUGGGCAUCCGGCUGUACAACUUCCACCCGGGGAACACGGGCGGCGCGUCCCGCGAGGAAGCCUGCGCGCGCAUCGCCGCCCAGCUCAACCGCGCCCACGCCGACAAGGGCACCGGCGCCGUCGUCACCGUCCUCGAGAACAUGGCCGGCCAGGGCAACGUCAUCGGCACCCGCUUCGAGGACCUGCGCGACAUCAUCGCGGGCGUCGCCGACAAGUCCCGCGUCGGCGUCUGUCUCGACACGUGCCACGCCUUCGCUGCCGGCUACGACCUUCGGACUCCCGAGGCGCUGGAGGCCACCGUGGCCGAGUUCGACCGCGUCGUCGGGAACAAGUACCUCAUGGCCUUCCACCUCAACGACAGCAAGGCGCCCUUUUCUUCGCACCGCGACCUCCACGCGAAUAUCGGCACGGGGUUCCUCGGCCUCCGCUCCUUCCAUGCCAUUGUCAACCAUGCGCCGUUCCAGAACAUGCCCAUGGUUCUGGAGACGCCCAUUGAGCGCAAGGGGCCCGAUGGCAAGACGUUCGAGGACAAGCGCGUGUGGGCCGAGGAGAUUAAGCUGCUGGAAAGCUUCUUGGAGAUGGACGCCGACAGUGACGAAUUCAAGAAGCUGGAGGAAGGGCUUCAGGCCAAGGGUGCUAGCGAGAGGCAGAGGAUACAGGAACAGGUGGACAAGAAGGUGGCGAAAGAGACGAAGAAGAAGGGAGGGAAAUCAGCGAAGGCAGUAAGGGGGCGAAAGAAGAAGAAAAACGAGUCCGAGGACGAGGGGGAAGAAGGUGAAUGAUCAAGACGUCGACGCGCUCAAGAAGGGCGCUUGUCAUCUACUCAUGAGAUGGAGAUGUGUGAAUCUGUACCAAUAUCUAUCUGUACUAAUGUCAUCAGUGGUAAUGGACAAAGAAAGAAUCGAUCAGAGGGUAUCGUAUGCUCGCAAGCCAAAGGAAAAGAGAAACAAAUGGUGUCAGUUCUAGAUAAAGCAGACGAACGAAAG